AUGGCGGCCAUGACAACGACAUCCGCCUCUGCAGGCCUGUUGCCAGCAGUCUCCUCAGUUUGCCUCAAGGAGGAGAGCCUUUCUGUUGCCUCCUCUUUCACUCCGCUAAUGUCCACUCAGGCGGGAAUUUUCGGGAAUUCGCUUCGCCAGCGGUCUCGAAAUGCUUCGCGCAAAGCAGGUUCCCAAAAUCAUGGAGCCCUUCAGGUUGCUGCGAACACAAGCGCUUCAAGCGAUUCUGAGAAGGCUCGGCUGGAGGCGAUAGUGGAGGAGAACGCGCGGCUGAAAGCGCGCCUGGCGGAGCUGGAGGGGGCGCUCUCGCUGGCCAUGCAGGGAGGCGGCGCUCCUGGCUCGCCUGCUGUUGCCGCUGAUGUGGCAACAGCAGCAGCACCAGCCUCAUCAUCUGUUGAAGUUAUAGAAGAGGCCAUAGGAACAGCUCAGAAAAGACAAGCUGUGCCAGCCACUGCCGCCCAGCAGAUUAUCUGGCCGUCUCCCCAGGAGGAGCCGCCGUUUUGGAUGCGCUGGCCAACCAGUGAAGGAUACGUGGCAGCAGCAGGGGUGACGAGCAGCGGGUCAACAGGGGACGGAGUGGUGGGAGAGAGGGACUCGGAGCGCAUUCACAUUGUGCACGUGACUGCAGAAAUGGCUCCCCUGGCGAAAGUCGGCGGCCUUGGGGAUGUGGUAACAGGUUUAGGCCGAGCCUGUCUGGCGCGGGGCCACACGGUGGAGGUGAUGCUGCCAUUUUAUGAGUGUCUGGACACCAAGCAGAUCGCCAACCUGCAGCUCAAGCGCUCCUUCGGCUCCUACUUCAAGGGCGACUGGGUCGGCGUGGAGGCGUUCAGUGGGGAGAUCUCAGGCGUGCCAGUGGUGCUGCUGAAGCCUGAGAACCACUUCUUCAGGGGAGGGCGCAUCUACGGCGGCUCCUACAACGAGCUCGAGGCCUACCUCUUCUUCAGCCGCGCCAGCCUCGAGUUCCUGCAGGUGACAGGAGCGCAGCCGGACAUUCUGCACGUCCACGAGUGGCACACAGCAGCGGUCGCACUGCUGUACUGGGACAUGUACCACCAGCUCAACCUGCAGAAGCCACGCCUGAUCCUCACCAUUCACAACAUGGAGCACCAUGGGGAGUGCAGAUGGGAGCAGCUGGACAUGUGUGGUCUGGAUGGACAAUCAUACCUCGACACCGAGAAGGCCAUGGAUGACCGCACAGUGGGGCACAAUCCUGAGAGGCUGUCCAUGCUGAAGGGAGGGAUCGUAUACUCCAACAUUGUCACCACCGUGAGUCCAACCUAUGCCAGCGAGACUCUCUGCAAUGGAUGGCUUUCCAACACGCUUCUCAAAUACCGCACCAAGUACUUUGGUGUGCUGAACGGGAUCGACACGGAGAUGUGGGACCCGCAAACCGACCCCCAUCUGCCCGCCCAUUUCUCACCCACCAGCCUGGCAGGCAAGAUGCUGUGCAAGCACUAUGUGCAGAGGGGACUCGGCCUCACACCUGAAAUAACACCCGAGGCUGCAGAGAAGCUUGCAGCUGAUGCGUCAGCAGGGCCCGUGGCUGACUCGGCGCUGACUCAGCUGGUCACAGGGGAGCGGUCCCCAUUGGUGGUGUGCGUGACUCGUCUGGUGGCCCAGAAAGGCAUUCACCUGAUUCGCCACGCCAUCUACCAGACACACAAAUACGGCGGGCAGUUCAUUCUGCUUGGCUCAUCGCCCGAUGGCCGAGUGCAGGGAGACUUUGUCAAGAUCGCAGAAGAGUUCCAAGAUGGCGGCAGUGUUCGUCUUGUUCUUACGUACAGUGAGAGCCUGGCUCACCAACUGUUUGCGGCGGCGGAUAUGGUCCUCGUGCCCUCCAUGUUCGAGCCGUGCGGACUCACCCAGAUGAUCGGCAUGCGCUACGGCACUGUGCCGGUGGUGAGGCGGACAGGGGGACUAGCCGACACAGUCUUUGAUGUGGACGAUGGGGGGAACAAAGAGAAAGCUAAUGGCUUUGUGUUUGAUGGAAUCGGUGAGGACGCACUCGAUUCAGCCCUCUCUCGCGCUGUCAAGUACUACAAAGACCGCCCUGAGUGGUGGCAGCAGCUGACGUCUACAGUGAUGAGCAUCGACAACAGCUGGAACAAGGCUGCUAAGGAGUAUAUCUCUCUCUAUGACAGCAUCAGAGCGCCGCCUGCGCCGACUAGAAGUAGUACCCAUUGCCCCUGUGCCGCGCCGCGCCGUCCCCCCUCUAAAGCGUCGCAGCGCCACGCUCGUCCCAUGCGGCCAUCUCUCUUCACUCACCACCCCCCGUCCGCCACCCCCUUCAAAUCCUCUGCCUGCUUCCGCGCGCAGGCGUGCAGCGCGCAGCAGCAGGGCGGAGCGGCGCAGCCGGGGGCGAUGCUGGCGGGGUUCGAGUACCCGGAGCACGUGUGCGGGGCGGCGUGGCGCGACGAGUACGCGCAGCUGCACGCGCGCAUCAGAGCCGCCAGCAGAGACGCAUGGCGGGCGCGACAGCCGCCAGCCACCCCGCCUCCGCCUGCCGCGCCGCCGCCUCCGCCCGCUGCGCCGCCGCCACAGCCAGCUGAUCCGCUGCGCAGGCGCCUGGCGGACGGCUCUCCCCCCGCCGUGGAGCCGGCGGGCGCCGCGGCGGUGCGGUUCCUGACGUACGACUGGUACGGGUCGUGCGGCGGGCUGGGCGACUACCUGAUCGGGCUCGUGUCGCUCUUCCCCGCCGCGCUGCUCGACCGCCGCGCGCUGGUGGUCGCGCAGCCGUGUAUGCACGCCGCGUUCCGCUCGCCGCACAUCGACACCGCGCUCUCCCCGGACGUGCCCAUGGGGGGGCGCCCGCUGCUGCGCGCCACGCCUGUGGACGCCACCGCCACCGCCACCGCCACCGCCACCGCGCGCGACGGCGACGGCGCCAGCGCCGGCGACGGCGGCGGUGCCGACGUGGAGUGGCACGCUCCCCCGUGCGAGCGGCUGGAGGGCAACCUGGGCGCUGCCGCGGAGGUGCGCGCGGACAGCAACAGCAACAGCAGUGGCGGCGGCGGCGGCGUACCAUGCUUGGACCUGCUGCGGCACACGUUUGAGAUGGAGGCGCUGCAGCAGCUGAGCGCGCUGAGCAACUACCGCGUGCGGUACAACAAGGGCAUGCUCAUCACCACUCUCCUGCGCGACCAGGGCCCGUGGGCCGCCGCGUUGCGGCAGCUGGGCUUUAAGGUCGCGUACGGCUUCGGGUGCAUACUCCGGUUCCUCUUCAGGUACGAAAUGGUAAGAAGUUUUAGAAGCAACUUCUGUGUAAGUUCAUGUGCAUGCUCAGGUACUGCCCGCCACCGUCCGCCAACUUCUAUCCACUUUUUUCAUUCCCUCCUCCCACUGUUCCCUCCUCCCACUGUUCCCUCCUCCCACUGUUCCCUCCUCCCACUGUUCCCUCCUCCCACUGUUCCCUCCUCCCACUGUUCCCUCCUCCCACUGUUCCCUCCUCCCACUGUUCCCUCCUCCCCUUGUUGCAGCCCGCGGCCAGAGGUGUGGCAGCUGUUGGUGGGGAUGGAGGAGCAGGCGUGGGGAGAGGGCGUGGUGCGAGUGGCCGUGCACGUACGCGUACCAGACCGUGAGGUGUGGCAGAAUGAUGGCAUGACGGCCCAGAACAUGACGCAGCAGCAGUUGGACGAUCUUCUCGGCAAGGCCAACAGCACACUGCAGUGCGCCCAGGUGGUGGAGGAGUUCUGGUACCCGCCUCCCGUGAAGGUGAAGUGGAUUAUCAUCACCAACUCUCACCUGCUCAAGCAAGCGCUUAAAGCAAAGUACCCACACAAGGUGGUGGCCACAGACUUCAUCCCCUGGCACUCCGCCCAAGCCACGCAGCACGAAAACACAGAUUUCCAAUCAUCAUCUUCACCGGCUGAGCGUGACGCGGCGCAGCGAGGCCUGCAGCACUUCAGGGAAACAGUGGCGGAGUGGGCGCUCAUAGCAUCGUCUCACUCCUUCAUCAUUCCAGCCUCGGGGUUCUCGCGCACUGCUGCGCUCUACGCCCUGCGCCCACUCGACAUCUACGUGCCGCCUCCUCUCAACCCUCCCAAGGCUGCUGAGAAUCCUCAAAAGCAGCCUCCUCCCAGCGCCUGCGACCCCGAGAAGCCCGCAGCCAUCGAUCGCUUAGGAGUCACCUGGAGUGGCAUCUAG